AUGGUGGUGGCCGCUGCGUGGGUUUGCGAUCUCUGCGGCGGUGCUGCGGCGGCGGCGGUGUACUGCGACGCGGACGGCGCGUUCCUCUGCUGGUCCUGCGACGCCGCCGUGCACGGCGCCAACUUCCUCGUCGCCCGCCACGUCCGCCGCCUCGCCUACGCCUCGUCCCGUGCCGCUGACUUCGGCCACCGCUUCUCCGGCCCCGGCGCCCCGCACCCCCUGUUGAUCCCCGCGCUCUGCCAAUCCUGCCGCCCCGCCGACCCCAUUGCCCCUCCCCCUCCGCCCCUUCCUCCGCCGCUGACGCCGACGAUGACGUCCUCGGCGUCGGUGUCGUCGUCGUUGAGCUCCUGCGUCCCCGUCGCGGCGCUCUCGAGCCGGAUAGGCAUAGCCCUAGAUGGGGCGGUGCUUUCGUGCGCCGCGAAGCUCCGCAGCGGCACUCGCGAUACGGGGAUCGCUAGCGCUCGUGCUCGUUCUCGUGCUCGAACGGGAGUGGCGAAGGCGGCGGAGAAGGGAUGGGGCGAGUCGGCGGCGUAG